AUGAAGUUGUUCACUCCCAUCACGCAUUACCUUGCCAUUGUUGCAGUAUCUAUACGCAUUGCAGAAUCCCUGCCAUAUCUUCCAGAGGAAGCAAAUUGGAAUCUUAAUCAAAACCAGACAGCAACACACCCCCUCGACUACUCGGGUCAGUGGGAUGGCCAUACAUACAACCCCUCCCCACAGAACUGGCGAUUCCCCUUCUACACGAUAUUCCUCGACAAAUUUGUGAAUGGUGAUCCGAGUAACGAUAAUGCAAAUGGCACACAGUGGGAACAUAUCUUGACCUCCAACGAGUUCCGCCAUGGCGGUGACGUCCUUGGGUUGGUUGAUACGUUUGAUUAUCUUCAGGGGAUGGGGAUCAAGGGCGUUUAUCUCGCUGGAACACCGUAUAUCAACUUCCCCUGGGCUUCGGAUGGAUACUCCCCGCUUGACCUGACUCUGCUGGACCAUCACUUUGGUACGAUCGAGGACUGGCGCACGAUGAUAUCUGAGGCGCAUCGACGGGGAAUUUAUGUUCUUUUUGAUAAUACCUUUGCAACAAUGGGCGAUCUUAUCGGGUUUCAGGGUUUCUUGAACAAGUCCGCGCCGAUCAAUCCCGGUGAGUACGACUAUGUAUGGAAGUACGACCGUCAAUACUGGGACUUUCAGCCCGGAAAUGAAGUUGAGAGUGAAUGUCCUUGGGAGUAUCCUCGGUUCUGGGAUGAUGAUGGGACCGGUUUGACCACCACAACCCUCGGCCCUUCAUGUCGCAAUAGUGAAUUCGAUCAGUAUGGAGAAGUUGCCGCCUUUGGAAACUACACCGAAUGGGAAGGGCAGAUAUCCAAAUUCGCAUUUGUGCAGGAUCGUCUACGCGGAUGGCGGCCGGACGUGCUGGCCAAGAUCAAACACUUCUCGUGUCUAACCAUCACCAUGCUUGAUAUCGACGGAUUUCGCGUUGACAAGGCCCUACAAGUUACCCUUGACUCUCUUGGAGAAUGGUCCGAGUAUAUGCGAGAUUGCGCCAAGCAGGUGGGAAAGGAAAACUUCUACCUUCCCGGAGAGAUUGUAGCGGGAAAUUCUUUUGGCUCUCUUUACAUUGGCCGUGGCCAGCAGACAAAUCAAACCAAAUCCAAUCUGACGGAAGCGUUCAUGAUGACGAACAUCACAGACAAGUCGGAUGAGGAUCUGUUCUUGAGACCUGCAGAGAGGUCCGCGUUGGAUGGGGCGGCGUUCCACUACACGUUAUAUCGUGGUCUGAGCCGGUUUCUAGGUCUAGACGGUACCUACACUGCCGAAGGCGACCCGCCCGUCAACUUUGUGGAGACUUGGAAUGAUCUUGUGGAGACAAACGAUAUGGUCAACACGAACACCGGUCAGUUUGAUCCGCGUCACCUGUUUGGUGUCACGAAUCAGGAUGUGUUCAGGUGGCCAGGGAUUAAAAACGGCACCCAUAAGCAGAAUUUGGGUCUGUACGUCGCGUCAUUGCUCAUGCCUGGAAUCCCCAUCCUCUCCUGGGGCGAGGAACAGGAUUUCUACGUUCUGGACAACCAGGCCGACAAUUAUGUCUUCGGUCGCGGACCCAUGACUUCUGCCCAGGCAUGGCAGAUGCACGGAUGCUAUAAGCUGGGGUCAUCGAAAUACGUCGAUUUCCCACUUGACCGCUCCCUGACCGGAUGUGAAGAUAAUUCCGUCAGUCUCGAUCACCGCGAUCCUUCUCACCCAGUGCGAGGCCUCAUCAAGAUGAUGUUUGAGAUGCGUGAAAACUAUCCCGCUCUAAAUGAUGGCUGGUACUUGCAGCAAUUGUCAAAUCACACGUUCGAUAUCUACCUUCCAGGCAGCAAUGGGACAGCGACCGAGACUGGGAUGUGGAGUGUCCUAAGAUCACGCUUUGCGGAUGCGCAGAAUUUCGAUGGUCAAGGUCAAGGAAAUCAGAGUGUCUGGCUGUUGUAUUCCAAUGAAAACAUUACAGUCGAACACCGAUUCAACUGCAGCAGUAAGGAGGCUUUGAUCUCGCCAUUUCCCAAGGGAACAACGGUCAAAAACCUUUUUCCACCGUUCGAAGAAUUCACCCUCGCCAACAGCUCUAUUACGCUUGGUCUUGAAGGGUCCGACGUUCCCAACGGGUGUUAUCCCAAUUUUACUAUGCCGGCCUGGGGUUUCAAAGCCUUUGUUCCUAAGCAUACAUUCGUCCAGCCUUCCCCAUAUGUGACACGCUUCUCACCAGGGCAUGACGCUCGACUUUUGUCUCAGGAAACAGGUGGGGAGACGAUUCGCAUUGGCUUUGAAUUCUCUCAAAAGAUGGAUUGCGAUGAUAUCACCAAGUCACUCACGAUCACAUCCAAAGCGCUUGACGACGAAAGUCCGCAGAUUGACAUGGCGUCUAUCUCCUGUAAAUCCAUUGAAGAGACUGAUCUUGUGACAUGGCCGGGGGCACUCACUAGCGUUUUCAGCUACGAGGUAGAUUUGGGCAAUGUCUUUCCAGGAGUUCACAGAGUCACACUUAGCAACGUGACUACAGCAGAUGGAAAUAAAUCCACAGGUUCCGUCGACCACUUUCUUUUCCGCAUCGGACACAUAAAUAAUCCGAUGGUUUGGCCACAGUUGGCCAACUACAGCAGAACGCUACUGUUUGACAACCCAUCAUCUGAGACUGAGCCCUUAUCAGUAAUGCCACAGGCCCCUGGUGCGGACAUGUGGCGAUACUCACUGGAUUUUGGAGCUACAUUCAGUGACUGGAUGACAUACACCGGCUUCAACACGUCGAUCCCUGGCAAGAGCUGGAGCGGCGCUGAGACCCAGGCCUGGGAAGGAGAACAUAUCCUCGCCCAAUACUGGAGCAAGUUGACCGGAAGUAGUGCUCACUGGCAGCAUGGGGACACGCAAUGGGCAUACAAGCCCCCACGUCGUUUCCCAAACCUCUUCAUUGAAGGCGAGUUCAACCAGUUCGGAUAUGACGCUGGCUAUUCCAACAAGAUGGCUCUUAGCAACACCACUGGUCUAUGGGAAAUUCACUUCAUGGGCGAAUGGCCCGUGCAGGUUGCAUUCAACGCAUGGGGAUUGAACGAAGAUGGCCUGCCCGAUCAAACCAUGGUAUUCGGGGACAUCGAUGGAGAUAAUGUUCUAGAUCAAGUCCCUCCGGUCACGCUGCUGAGCAAUGUAUUCAACGUCACCAUCCCACCCCCUUCACCCUAUCUUUCCUUCAGGCUGUCGGUAGGUGACGGGGAUCUUAAAGUCUACGCAACGCCCACAGGAUCCAGGUGGGUUCAGCUGGCCAUCUUCAUCGUGCUAGCGAUUGUGCCUGUUGCCACCGCUGCUGGUGCGGUGUUUGUUUACCUGAAGGCUUUUUACCAGGUCAAAUUCAACCAAAUCGGUGUCACCGAAAAAAGAUCAAGCUUCGCUCCACUCGUGAACGUCUUUCAAAAGGUGGCCCAUCGAUACAAUGAAAAGGAAUCCAAUGCCGGACUUGCUCUAACAAAUGUGGGACCGUUCCCAUCUGAGAGCAUGGGCAUCAUCGGUGCCACGGUAAACACCCGCCGACGCACUGUGCUCAUUGCAACGAUGGAAUAUGAUAUUGAAGAUUGGGCCAUUAAAAUAAAAAUCGGUGGACUCGGUGUCAUGGCUCAGCUGGUGGGGAAACAUCUGACCCAGCAGGAUCUCAUCUGGGUAGUCCCUUGUGUUGGAGGCGUCGACUACCCCAAGGACGACCCUCGUGAGCCGAUGGUGAUUACCGUUCUUGGGAAUAAAUACCAAGUGGAUGUCCAGUAUCAUCGGCUGCGAAACAUCACGUACGUCCUGUUAGACGCGCCUGUGUUCCGAGCUCAGUCCAAAUCAGAGCCGUACCCUGCCCGCAUGGAUGACAUGAAUUCAGCUAUAUUCUAUUCUAGUUGGAAUCAGUGUAUUGCUGAAGCAAUUAGAAGAUUUCCGGCUAUCGACAUAUAUCACAUCAAUGAUUACCACGGCGCCGCUGCCCCUCUCUAUCUUCUACCUAGCACGAUUCCAUGCUGCCUGUCUCUGCAUAAUGCCGAAUUUCAAGGACUCUGGCCAAUGAAAACCCCACAGCAAAUUGAAGAGGUUUGCAGUGUCUACAACCUUGAUUAUGUGUUGGUGAAGAAGUAUGUGCAAUUUGGCGAAGUGUUCAACCUUCUUCAUGGCGCUGCCAACUAUCUGAAAAUUCACCAAAACGGAUUCGGCGCGGUCGGUGUCUCCAAGAAAUAUGGCAAGAGAUCGUACGCCAGAUAUCCUAUAUUCUGGGGUCUCAAGAACAUUGAAGCGCUACCAAACCCCGAUCCAUCCGACAUCGCCGAAUGGGAUCAUACCACAAAUUACAACCUUGAAGACGUUAUCAUCGAUACAGAGUUUGAAGCCGGUCGUGCCGCACUGAAGAGCCAAGCGCAAGAAUGGGCAGGGCUUAAAGUUGACCCAGAGGCCCAACUAUUUGUGUUUGUCGGUCGUUGGUCCAUGCAAAAGGGCGUGGAUCUGAUUGCAGACAUCUUCCCCUCCAUUCUAGACACUCACCCAGAGGUCCAGUUGAUGUGCAUUGGUCCAGUCAUUGAUCUUCAUGGAAGAUUUGCCGCGAUGAAACUAAAUCGACUGGUGGAGCUUUACCCUGGCCGGGUCUAUUCCAAACCAGAGUUCACUGCACUACCGCCCUUCAUUUUCAGUGGCGCUGAAUUCGCCUUGAUUCCUUCGCGUGAUGAACCGUUCGGUCUGGUGGCCGUGGAAUUUGGACGGAAAGGAGCGUUGGGCGUGGGAUCACGUGUUGGUGGUCUUGGCCAGAUGCCAGGAUGGUGGUUCACGAUUGAGUCUAUGACAACCAAGCAUCUUAUACAACAGUUCAAGAUGGCCAUCAACGACGCUCUGAAAUCGUCCCAGGAGACACGAGCGCUCAUGCGUGCACGAUCGAGUAAGCAGCGUUUCCCCGUAGCGCAGUGGGUUGAGGAUCUGGAAAUCCUACAAGCCACCUCAAUCGAAAAGCACGCCAAGUACUCUAAACGCCACGAUCGCAGUUCAUGGCGUAUUUCCCAUAGCAGCACCGUUAUCCCCGAAGGUAUUCGCAAAGUCUCUUCGAGUUCAAACAACAGCCACGAACACAACCAAACACACAGCCCCCCCGUUUCUGUCCCGCCGAGCAGACCGAAUACGUCUGAUAUGAGACCGUCUGUACCUCGACCCGGUUUUGACCAAUUUCUCCCAUCGACAAAUCCGUCUUUCAAUCUAAACAUGUCCGACAAUGAGCCCGAGUCUGACACCGACCCAAGACGCAGACCCUUAUCAUCUGAACCCCUCGCAGAUUCGCGACUCGUUUACUCUGCGGCAAGUGAUGGAGCAGGGCUUGUGCCCAUUUCAGGGGCAAUCCAAGAUGGCGGCAGUCUUCGUCCAUCUCCGCUUGGGACACCCACUGUAUAUGGGACACCUACUGGCUAUUUCGCUCGAUCUGGUGCCAGCACGCCAGUUCUUGGUGCACGACCAGAAGACGCUCUGCUGGGCGGAAGAGACGCAAGGUCGUCCGUGAUGAGUCUGGUCAGCGUCGAUGGUAUAGUAAAAGAGAAACUAGACUACAACCUCCAGAAAGUUGAUCCGUUUUUCACGGAUGCGAACCACGAGUAUGCGGAUAAGUUCGAGAAGAAGCUUGCGGAUUUGAAUGGCAAGAACUCCGAAGACCAGCUCUGCAUCGAAGAGUUUCUUGAGAAGAGCCAGAAAGAUUGGUUCAAUCGAUAUCGCGACGUCAAACUCGGAAAGUCCCCCUUGCCCUCUCCUGCUCCUUCUGUCUUUCGCAUCAAGCUUCGUGAAACCAGUCAAUCAGAGAGCCCGCCAAUUACUGGCCCAGGUGCAGACUCAAACGCCGGGCAGUUUCUUCUCCCAAAUGACUAUGUUCCCCCAACCGGUUUGAAGCGUUUCAUGUUGAUGAAGCUGGGCAAUUGGCCUGUUUACUCCAUCUUCCUUGCUAUUGGCCAAAUUCUUGCCUUGAACUCGUAUCAGAUCACACUCCUGAACGGUGAGAUUGGAGAGACGGCCGAAAAGCUAUACGUUCUGGCAUCCAUCUAUCUUGCCUCUUCGAUCAUAUGGUGGAUGGUCUUCCGUCUAGUCCCCUCAGUAUAUGUGCUGGCGACUCCUUUCUUUAUAUACGGAUUUGCAUUCCUCUUUGUCGGUCUUGCCGGUCCAAUACAUAACAGCAGUCGAACAUGGCUACAAAACGUGGGAACUGGCUUAUAUUCGUUCGCAUCUUCGAGUGGCUCGAUUUUCUUUGCCCUCAACUUCGGAGAUGAAGGUGGAGCGCCUCUGAGGUCUUGGAUUUUUAGAGCCACUGUCAUCCAGGGAACCCAGCAGUUGUUUAUCAGUUUCCUUUGGUAUUGGGGUAGCUGGAUGGCAGCUCUGAAUCGAACGGGUAGCACGCAAUUCAGCCUUACCAUGACCGACCCAGGCGCUUUGCUCGGGAUAGGAGUCGGACUUGCCUCUCUUCUGUGGCUGAUAGGUGCCAUGAUCUUCUUUGGACUUCCUUCAUACUAUAGACAAGCACCAGGUCAAGUUCCGACAUUCUACCUCUCGCUCUUCCGCCGUCGCAUAAUUCUUUGGUUCUUCUAUAUGGUUUUUAUAUCCAACUACUGGCUGUCGGCACCUUACGGACGAAAUUGGCUCUAUCUCUGGUCCAGCAAGCAUGCGCCCGUGUGGCAAAUCGUGCUCCUUGUCCUCUUCUUUUUCAUCUUUGUCUGGGCGGCAGCUCUCUGGGUCUUUCACGUCUUUUCCAAGAGACACGCCUGGUUCAUUCCGAUCUUUGCCGUCGGUCUUGGUGCUCCUCGAUGGGCCCAGAUGCUGUGGGCAACCUCCAACAUAGCCACGUACAUCCCCUGGGCCGGUGGUCCCGUAGCUGGGGCUCUCCUUGGUAGAGCACUAUGGCUCUGGCUAGGAGUUUUGGAUUCCCUUCAGGGUGUCGGGUUUGGAAUGAUUCUGCUCCACACAAUGACUCGAUUCCACGUCACCUUCACACUUCUAGCCGCGCAGGUGGUCGGUUCUAUUGCAACUAUCCUCGCCCGCGCGACAGCACCGGAUAAGUUGGGGCCCGGUGAUGUUUUCCCUGAUUUCUCCGCUGGCGUCGCGGUCGGCUUGGGAAAAGCAGACUUCUGGGUCUGCUUGCUUUUCAUGCUUUCCAUUAACGUGCUCUGCAUCUUCUUCUAUCGCAAGGAACAACUCGCGAAACCCUGA